AAAAAAUAUAAGCACCAACUAAGAUUAAAAAUGGUUCAGUAAAAACUGUUUCAGUUUGUGUCUCUUGGUAUACCAUGGAAUGUACCAAGCCAGUUUGUAUUUUCUUGGUUUACACACGAGCCUUUUUACCAAGAAUAUACAAGUGACAAGUAAGAAAUUCCAUGGUAUACCACGAGAGACCGUUGCAUAACUAUUUUAUACCAUGUCAUAGAAAAUAAAAGGGCCAACACAGUUAUUGCGACACACGCGGGGCGCAUGAUGGGAAGGUUUGAUGUAAUACUGUCGAAUAUACGUACAAAGGCUUUGCUGUAUUCUGAUUGGGAGAGUAACUGCCCGAUGGUAACUUCUUGGGCUCACUCUCUUACCGUUUCAAAAAUCUGUACCUCAACGGCCACUGUGUCUUAAGUAAAAAUUGUCACAGUUCUCAGUCUUGGUAGGAAACAAAAUGAGAAAUAAAACCACUCCUCCCCAAAGAAUCAAUGAUGAGUUUGCCCUUAAACUGAAACGCGCUGUUUUUCCUUUAUUGAAAUGAGGGAAGGGGUGUUCUAAAAGGAGCCCAGUCACGUUAUUUUGAGUUAUUUUGGACAAGUACAAAAUUGCCUUUUAAAUUGAAGGGAACCUGAAAAUAGUAGUUUACUAAGAUAGAACUGAAACUGACCAAAACGAAAAUGAACAAGGAUGGUUUAGGAUGGAGAAGAUUGGCACGGAUUACAAACGACGAACUUGAAAAAUUUUGGCUCAACUUCACCAAGAUGCGCAAGCCGUGACGUAGCACCUUUAAAUUUCAUUCAAAUUGACCAAGGUUAUGUGCGUGUCGAAUCGAUCUCUACAAAUUACCUGGCAAAAUGUUUGUGUGUAGUUUGCCUAGGACCAAAAACGAAUUACUCCUUGUCCUGCUAGGAGAAACCGUAGUUCUACAAACUACGGAGAAAUUAGAGAUAUUUAACGGCUGCGCGAUACUUCACAAGAUUUAUACGAAGACUUUGCUGGCUUCGUCACUGAAUUUUACCGCCUGUCCCCAUCGCGCAACCAACCUUGUUACAAGCGUAAUUUCACAAAACACAUCACAGACGAGUUUAUUUUCAACAAAUAAAGGUUUUGUGGUUACUGUUGUGUUUACUCUCAGAACAAUGUGAUAUUUCAAUCGUAUCACAAAACAAUGUCAAUCCAACUACAGCUGACGGUGAUUCGUGGAUACAUUACUCUGUUUACUGUUUAAUUAGCUCAAAUCUCGCCAGUUUACAAACUUAGAUUUAAUACGUGCGUGCAAGACAUGAAGGAUUGACAACAGCUAGCUAACUUAAGUGAGUUUUUACAACGGCGACACGAUGCAGCAAAGUAACCUCCCGGCAAAUUCUCAGUUUCUUAACCCCGGACCAGCAGAGCUGAACAGCGAGUCACCGAAAAAUGGCGGCCGGGCUGUAAAUGUGGAAAACGACUGGGAUGUCUGGCUACCCAUGUUACCUCAUCUCGAUGAAUUGCCAUGGACGCUACAAGACAUUUCAAAAGUCUUACGACUCGGCAGGACACGCGAGAAUUUUCGCGCCAUUUCACCGCAGGCUGUGGAACGCGUGUCGUUUCUCUUACAAAGACCGCUAUUGCGCAUUGUUCGCGAAGCAAAAAGACUCUCUGUUCGAUACUCCAAGUGCUCUAGGCAAGAAUUUCAAACGAGCAUCCGCCUGGUGCUGUCCUUGUCAAUGGCUAAAACGUGCGUGACGCUGGCUUCUAAAGCGUUCUCCUUAUACUCGAUGUCAAGCGACAGAUUUCGCCGCUCCAAGAGAUCGCGUAGCGGAUUGAUUUUACCCGUUGGUAGAAUGUUCCGUUGGCUUGUGAACAUGAAGGUGGCUGGUCGUAUCUAUGACGCGGCAGCAAUUUAUCUGAGCGCUACUUUAGAAUACAUUGCUGAAGAGCUUGUCUUCCGAGCUGUCAACAAUUUAGAGGGCGUAGACCAAGUAACUCCAGAGGUGCUGGAAGACUGGAUCAACACAGAUGCGGACUUGUGGGGAAUGUUUCAACCUUAUUAUCAUCUGCUAUCCGGUAGAACAGCCUUUGGUUUCACUGACUCCAUCGAGAUGUACGCUCCUUCUAAAAAAGCGCCAAGCAGCCCUAAGGCAGGUUCACCAAGGCGCAGAGGAUUGGACAAAUGCUUAACAACUACAUGUGUGACGUCAGUGGCUGAACUGACCGAGCUUGUUUUGCAGGCUCAACAACGUUUCGCUGAGGUGUACCAGAGUAAAGAUAACAAGCUGAUAUCUCAAGUAGACUGGGCAUCAAAUGCCUUGCAGACUCUGUAUUACUUCAUGAAGUGUUCGCACCAGAUCGACGAGGACAUUUCCGACAUUUUGGCGGCAACGAGACGAGCGCAUUCCCAUCUUCCCCCGCUGGUUGAGUGGUUAAGGGUGGCUAGUCUGCACGCCGAACACCGUGUCAGCGGUAUGGUCGAUGAUGAUGACGUCAGACAAGCAGCCAGGCUGCUCAUGCCGUUUAAUGACUGUGAGCCACGAGCUUUGUGUCCUGUUGAUUCGUUGUCCGUCUCCAGAUCUCUCUCGCCCUCAGCUGCAGCCGUCAGUUUUCAACAGGGCCUGGGCCUGCGCAUGCUUUUAUGCGGUAGAGUGGACAUAAUUCCUCAGGCUCUAGCAAUGUUGGGACCCGAAAAAGUCAACGCUGUCAACAUACAGGGAAUGACUCCACUCAUGUACGCAUGUGCAGAUGGAAACGAGGCUCUUGUCAAGACACUGAUCGAGCACCACGCGCUACUGGAUACUCAGGUACCUAAUAACAAGCAGAUUUAUCCACUAGUUAACCUGGAUCUCAUGUCCUGGACCGCGUUGUCUUUUGCGGCAGUGAAAGGUCACGUGCACGUGUGUCAGCUUCUGUUGGAUGCCGGAGCCAACCCCAAUGGUGCAACAGAUCAUGGGAGAGACAGCCAAGUGGAGACACCAUUACAGAUGGCUGCUGCUUCAGGUAAUUACGAGCUAGUCGCUAUGCUUCUCAGGAAAACCGCGGAUCCUUACAUCAGCGUGAAUACAUCAUCGUUCAGUCCUGGAUCGCGGGGGUUUGGGAACACCUUUGCAGCUGCGGCUGCUCACGGUCACAAAAACAUUCUUAGGAAACUGCUGGAGGAGCCUGGUGCCCGACGGGAAAAUGACAUGUUGUCCCUUGUAGAGAUACUCUCCGAAGGGUCACUCUUGGAUGGUGGAGGCGAAAGAAAACUAACAAAGAAAAGAAGCAAAGCUCUUGAGGAAGCUCUGUACCACAGCUGUGAGCACGGAUUUCUUGACAUUACCAUGGAAUUAAGAAGUUUAGGUGUGCCGUGGAAUAUUCAUUGCUGGAGUCAAACUGUAGGUCACGCGUUUGAGCGAGGUCAGAAGUCAUUUCUAAGAUGCCUGUUGCGUGACUUUCAGUCCAUGUCAACCGAUGAGUACACAAAUGACUUCUGUGACGACGGGCUUGUCAUCUUGUUCAAUAUCUUCAAGGAAUGCGAGGACCAGGCUCUUUCAAAGGAGCUCGCCUCGGUGUUGUCGUGUUGUUUUGGGCAUGGAGCCCUGAAGGAGAUUGAGGCACUUCCAAUAACACAGACAUCCAUCCGUAUCGUUUCGAUGUCCAAUAAGUGGAACAUGAGAUGUCUUUCUCAGCUUUGGACCCCCUCUUUCACAAGGUUCGCCUUGAAUAAAGACCAGGCUCUUUCAAAGGAGCUCGCCUCGGUGUUGUCGUGUUGUUUUGGGCAUGGAGCCCUGAAGGAGAUUGAGGCACUUCCAAUAACACAGACAUCCAUCCGUAUCGGUCCAGAUUAUAUCAACAGCCCAGAAAUGUCCGACAUCACCUUUCUUGUGGAGGGGCGAUCGUUUUACGCACACAAGAUCAUCCUUGCAACAGCUUCCAAGAGAUUCAAGGCAAUGCUGUCAAACAGGUCUGUCGAGGAAAACGAUGGGAGCAAUCCUUGCAUUGAAAUAAGCGACAUAAAAUAUGAAAUAUUUACGCUUGUGAUUCAGUUUUUGUAUAGCGGAGCGGUGGACGACCCUGUGGAUCAAAUUAAAAUUCUAGAGUUGUUACAAGCCUCGCAGUUCUUCAUGUUAGACUCAUUAAAGCGUCACUGUGAGCGUCUUGCCGCUGGCCACCUCGACUGUGAAAAUGUCGUGGACACCUGCGCAUAUGCCAAGUCGUGCGAUGCAAAGGAGCUGUUAACCUACUGUGAAGGGUUUAUUUUGAAAAAUCUUCCUGCCAUGAUGGACAUCAAGAACUUUAGAGACACUUUGUUCAAUAACAACAGCAAAGAUCUGUUACAAGCUUUGAAGUCGUGCUUGGUCCAGCGAAUCAAGUGUCACAGUCUGGCGAAGCUACAUGGGAAGUCAUCUUUCAAAAUUUGAAUAUGUUUCCAACACAGUUACAUUAUUAUGACGAAGGGUGGUCGGGGAGACUAUCGUAUUCAGUGUACCCAGCAAGCGAUCCAAGCUUUUUCAGACGAUAGACAAUUGAGGCCACAAACCCAGGGAAACAUUCUCGGUGCAUGGAAUUUUCCCAGACUUGCCAUGGCCGGUGACGAAACGUUAGAGAAAACGCUAACUGCUCUUGACUCUCGCAGACGAUUCUGACACGCUUGUUCAAAAGCAGGUCAAUUAAUGCUAACCCGAGAUUAAAAGUUAACCGAAGUAUCAAUUUUUUUUGUAUAAAAAUGUGUUUCACUGC